CGGGCAUCCCUAAAGAAGACAAAAAAAUUAAAAAUAACAAAGUCUUCCUUCCUUUUUCAUUUCCGAGUUGUCAAAGUGUUGACCAUGUGAUAAAUAAUAUCUUUUCCAAAUAAAAUAUCUCGUAAUUUAAAGAGAUUUUCGUAUUAAAAGUAAAGGAAACAAUCUUUCAUCAUGGUCUCUAAAAAGAAAAAGAAGUAUUCUUCUGGAGAGGGUGCACAAUUUAUGACGAGAAAGGCUGCACUGAAAAAGUUACAAUUGUCUCUAAAAGAUUUCAGACGGAUAUGUAUCUUGAAAGGAAUAUAUCCCAGAGAACCUCGGAAUCGUAAGAGAGCACAGAAGGGUGCUGGUGGAAUAAAAACUCUUUAUCAUACAAAAGACAUAAAAUUCUUACUUCAUGAACCAAUUUUAUGGAAACUCCGGGAGUUAAAAGUCUAUCAACAAAAAAUUCGUAAGGCACGUGCUAUGAAAGAAUAUCCCCGGAUGAGGAAAUACUUGAGAGACUACCCAAGUAUAAACAUUGAUCACAUAGUCAAGGAACGCUAUCCAACAUUUGUAGAUGCCUUGCGAGACCUGGAUGACUGUCUUACAUUAUGUUUCUUGUUCAGUACUUUUCCUUCACUAAAAAGAGUUCCAAGAGACCAGUCUUUACUCUGUAGAAGACUUACAGUUGAAUUUAUGCAUGCUAUUAUAGCAGCCAAAGCACUUCGCAAAGUUUUUAUAUCUGUAAAAGGAUACUAUUAUCAAGCUGAACUAGAAGGCCAGACUAUUACAUGGAUAGUGCCCCACCAUUUUUCAUUCCAGCCACAAAGCAAGGAUGAAGUUGAUUUCAAGAUUAUGUCUACAUUUGUUGAAUUUUACACAAUGAUGCUUGGAUUUGUAAAUUUCAAACUGUAUCAUUCUCUAAAUUUAGUUUAUCCACCAAAACUCACUGCAGCAUUUUCUGACACUGAUAAAGAACUUGUUGAUGAGCAAGCUUAUGUAGCUGAAAGGAUAGCUGCUAUGAAUAUACCUGUCAUAAAAUUAACAGGGGCUAAUGAAACAGAGGAAUUGCCAGAAAUGGAUAUUUUCCAAACUGAAGGUGAGGACACACAAAAGUUAGAGGAAGCUAAGCAAGAAGCAGAAAAGGUGAAAAAAUUGAAAACCAUGUUCAAUGGUUUAAAAUUCUACAUCAACAGGGAAGUCCCUAGGGAGCCUUUGGUGUUCAUUAUUCGAAGUUUUGGUGGUGAAGUAUCUUGGGACAAAGAUUUGUUUGUUGGAGCCACAUUUGAUGAGUCAGAUGAAUCAAUUGCGUAUCAGAUUGUAGACAGGCCGAGUAUGGAUAAACAAUAUCUUUCCCGUUAUUAUGUCCAACCACAAUGGGUAUUUGAUAGUGUAAAUGCUAGAACAUUGUUGCCCAUUAAUAAAUACCUAAUGGGUGCAGUAUUACCACCUCAUCUGUCACCAUUUGUUGACAAAACAAGGGAUCAAGUUUAUAAACCACCUGAGGAAAGAGAACUUUUGGAUCCAAAUUUCAAACCAUUAAACGAAGAAGAAUCUGGCAGUGACAUAGAGGAAGCCAGUGAUGAAGAUAAAGAAGAAGAUUCUGAACCGGAGGACCCUGAACAAGCUCUUACUAAGCAGUAUCAACAAGAGCUGCAGGAAGAAUCCACUUCUGAAGAUGAAGAUGGAGAAGGUGGUGACAUGGAUCCAGAAAAGAAGAAAUUAAAGAAAGAAAAGAAAAAAGCUAUGGCAGUCACUACAGGUGUACCACACAAGGAACAUCCUUAUCAAAAGGAAAUUGAGGAUAAACAAGCAUUUAGAUUACGAGAAAAGCUUGUUAGAAAGAAGCACCGAAACCUUUACAAGAGCAUGAAAGCAGGACAGGAAAAGAGAAAGAAAGAAAUAUGGCUUCUACGCAAAAAGAGGCGUCUACACGACGAGAAAGCUAAACAAGAAAAAAAGGCAGAAAAGCGAAAACAAAAAUUGCAGGCUAUUGAAGCUGCUUCUGUUUAGAUGUGAAUAAAAUAUAAUCACCUGAUAACAUUGUUUUAUUAGUGUAUUUUUUUUGAAAUAUUCUAUGUACAACAAGAAAAUAUACAAUUAGUAUAAAUAUGGACAAAACAAAAAGUUUGUAUAAAUUCUGGCUAGAAAUGGGGCAACACACAAGGGCGGAUCCAGCUUUGGCGCCAGAGGGGGGUCAUAGAGUCGUGGUAUAUUAAAUAUUGAAAGUACUUAAAUGAAAUCCCCCUGGGUUUGGUCCAUCUGUCUGUCUGUCCCAUGGGUCAUGACCC